UUUUUAAUUUUUCUUUUCAACCUUCCUCGGUCGCUUCGUUCGCCGCGCCCGCGCGCACGAGUUCCCCCGCCUGAGCCGCGAGGAGCCACGCAGCGCCGGCCGGCCGGCCCGCCUCCCCUGUCGCUCGAUCGCUCGCUCCCUCCCUUUUUGUUUGUGUGUUUGCUGCCUCCCUCCCGCGCCUCCUUUUCUCCUCUUCCUCCUGCUGCUCGUCGUCCUCAACGACGCCCGCUCGAUCCUCCUCGCGGACUCUCCUCCGGGUGGGAGCCAGGCCGCGGCUCAGCCCCAGCCCAGCGCCCACAGAAAACCUGCAUCUUCAAUCCAGGCGUUCCCUCUCUGGACAAUUUCUGAAGGCAGAAAAAGAGAAAAAGGAAAAGGACCAUGGGAAGCUUCAUUGCUUCUCUUUUUCUGGGGCCAUAAAAAAAAAAUAGCUGCCAUUUGCUGGAUGGCAUUUCUGCAUUUUGGCUUCAAGAAAUGAGUCGUCAGACUGCCACAGCACUUCCUACAGGUACCUCGAAGUGUACACCGUCCCAAAGGGUACCUGCCUUGACAGGCACCACCGCCUCCAACAAUGACUUGGCCAGCCUCUUUGAGUGUCCCGUCUGUUUUGACUAUGUGCUGCCACCGAUCCUCCAGUGCCAAAGCGGCCAUCUUGUUUGUAGCAACUGUCGCCCCAAGCUCACCUGUUGUCCGACCUGCCGAGGGCCCUUGGGCUCCAUUCGGAAUUUGGCGAUGGAAAAAGUGGCCAACUCUGUACUGUUUCCUUGUAAAUACGCCUCCUCUGGCUGCGAGAUAACAUUGCCACACACCGAGAAAGCUGACCACGAAGAGCUUUGUGAAUUUAGGCCUUACUCUUGCCCGUGCCCUGGGGCUUCUUGUAAGUGGCAAGGCUCUCUGGAUGCAGUCAUGCCACACCUCAUGCACCAACAUAAAUCAAUAACAACGCUACAGGGAGAAGAUAUUGUUUUCCUUGCUACAGACAUUAAUCUUCCCGGAGCUGUUGACUGGGUUAUGAUGCAGUCUUGUUUUGGCUUUCACUUCAUGUUAGUACUGGAGAAACAGGAAAAAUACGACGGUCACCAGCAGUUCUUUGCAAUCGUACAGUUGAUAGGCACGCGGAAACAAGCUGAAAAUUUUGCUUACCGCCUCGAGCUGAACGGCCAUAGGCGGCGAUUGACUUGGGAAGCCACUCCACGAUCGAUCCACGAGGGAAUCGCAACAGCCAUCAUGAAUAGUGACUGCUUAGUCUUUGACACCAGCAUCGCACAGCUUUUUGCAGAGAAUGGCAACUUAGGUAUUAAUGUGACAAUUUCAAUGUGCUGAAAACCCAAUCUGACAUUUUCAGGGCCAGUGUCUAAAAAAAUAAUAAUAGUAAUCACCUCAAUCCAAUCGGCUGCAUUCAGUUUCGCAGAAACCGUGGUAAACAUCUGACUGCUAGGUGUGAACAAUUGGGAGGGAGAGGCUAGCGUACAUGAAGGUAAAUUAAUGGGAAGACUGUUCAGGCGCAGGUAACAGUUGCAUGUAAUAACACUAAUAUAUUUAAAUGAGUCAGCAGUAAACCACUGAAAUAUAUAUAUAUAUAUAUA